UCACCCGCUACUGUCUGGAUAUUUCUGUCAUCUUCUUUUGUAUCGCAUCAAGUAUCACUACAACCAUGUCCUCGUUUGCUUCAUCAGACGAUUGGACUGCUUGUACUCUGUGUCGUUCUGGACGUCAAAGUGUAGACACUCUACUUCGAGCGAGAGAAAGGAAGAUAGAAUGGCCGCUUUCUAAACAAGCUUUGAACCCUGUUGAGGAUCCUAUUAUUGCUACGUCAAUUGAUGAAGCAUUUGAUAGUACUAUGCAGUUUUUGUCUAUGACAACACGGCAAUGCAGGCGCUAUUACAACACUCACAAACCUAAGCAUCUGGAUUCACCCGAUGGGAUAUUUUGCAGACGAUACUUGCAACCAAAAUACACAUCUCUACCCAAACAGAAUCCACUGCAACGAUCUGAAGACGUUCGUGUUCAGUUACCACCUGGUUCGUACUCUGUAGUGGCUGGCAGGUGGGGUGAACAGAAGACCAGCACACAUGUUGUACACUUGGAACAACAUCAGAGUGUUCAACUGACAUUCGCGAGCUACUCGUAGACUGCAUAGACUCAGACAGGUCUGCCAGGCCAGUGCCUAUAGAUUCGAAUCUGUAACCGACAACUCGGUUACAACUGUAAAGUACUAAUUGCGAUGAAUUUCUUGCUUGUGUGAGUGAGUAGAGUGUAACUGUUUGGAAAAC